AUGCAGAACUCACGUCCGCCGCGCAUAACCCCCGAGCAGCAGCAGAAGAUGCGCGAGGCCUACAGCUCGCCCAUGCGGCCCUCGCAGUACGCGCGCGGGCCUGAGGACGGAGCCCUGGACAGCGAGCGAGCCGCCGCUGCUGCUGCAGUAGCUGCAGACAGUGAAACGCCGCGCGAGGCCGCCGCGCGCAGGGAGCGCGAGCGCGUGAGCAUGGAGCAGGUGCUGCUGGACCGCCGCUGGGUCUUCCACUGCGCGUCGCCGCUCUUCCACUUCCACCGCGACCAGCUCAGCGAGUACGCGCACGACCUGGUCAAGACGCUGCGCGCCGCGGCGCUGCGGGCGUGCGGCCAGCAGCUCGGCUACAGCGUGAGCAUCCGCAAUACAGACACGUUCGUGGCCUUCCAGAUCCGAGAGGAGCGCGACCGGAGGCGCGCACGAGCGGCCGGGGACCAGAGAGAAGCGCCCGAACGCACGGGAGGCUUCGUGCUCUACUUCCCGACGGAGGACGAGCAGCGCGCGCCGCGUAAAGGGCGCGAGAGACAGCAGGUGCUGCUGCUGAGGGGCAACGAGGAGCUGCUGCGCUGGGUCUGCUCGUGGCUGCAGCGCCGCUUCCAGUGCGUCGUGAGCACCCACGUCGUGCACAUCCAGCAGCUCAACCUCCAGCGCUUGGCGCGUAACUGGGUGGUGGCGAAGCCGCCACGACCGCCGCUACUGCUCAAAUAUCGAGCCACGAAGGAGGAGGCUGUGGUGCGCACUUACACGCUUACGGUGCCCUGGGCCACGCUUCGCAGACUGUUCCAGCAGACGAAGGACGGGCCUGGAGGCAAUCGGCCCUCCACCUACGUACCAGAGCUCAUUGAGUUGACGGAACACUUGUACACGGACGCACUGCCAUUCGACUUGUCGACGUACGAGAUCGAGCGAGUUGAGAUGCAGGACGUGGCUGUUGACCUGGACGGAGGCGUGGAGUUCUACAGCAUGGACCUCGUCCACACCGUGCUGUUUAGUCUGCUGGAGCUGCUUGCUGUACAGGAUGUGGCCACGACUUCGCGGCCAGAGACAACUUUGUGA